UCCUAGAUAUACGAACGACUUCGCUCACCCCAGCCUUUGGCGUACGUGGGGUCCCCUCCGGAGACUAGGCGCGGAUAGCCGCAUGAUGUUUGCGGGACACAGAGCAUGACUUCCAGUUCGGCGCGCGGUACCGUUACCUCGUCCUCCUCGUCCAGCAAGUCGCUCCUGUCGAGACUCCGAUCGCCCCUACAGUCCAAGACCCGCAACUUCACCGACUUCUACAUCCAGCCCGACGAUCCGCAUCGCCAGUACGCGCCCGGGGACGUCAUCAGCGGAAGCGUGGUAAUAAAGGUCCUCAAGCCGCUGAGGAUAACACACCUGGUCAUAUCACUGCAUGGAUAUGCACAGGUCUUCAAGAAUCCCAAUUCGCCGGGAGAUGCGUACAAGAACUACAGUGCAACCGUCGGGUCUGGCAAGGGCAAGAAGUCUGGGAGCUACUUCGGCAAUGGAUUUGUUUCGCUGUUCGAGGACGAGGUAGUACUCUGCGGGGAAGGCAGACUGGGAGAAGGCGUAUACCACUUCAAUUUCGAGCUGGAGUUCCCCUCGAAAGGUCUACCUAGCAGUAUAGACUUCGAGCGUGGUACCAUUUCUUACAUGUUGACGUCUACAUUGACGCGACCAACGACUAUCUCACCGACUGCAUCAUGCGACACAAAAGUCCAUCUUAUGGAUGUAAUCGACGUCGCUCCUGUACCUGAUCCCAAGCCUAGAGUCAUCUCCCUCGAGCCCAUCUCCCGGAGAGCACGCGCGAAGGCUCCACGUAAGCGGCCUCAAGCUCCAGACGCGGGCCAGCAGGCAUCCGAGAACCAAGAGCCGACGCGCAAUGGACGAGUGUCGGAGCUAAACAGCGUCACUGAAGAGAGCGAUGGCCCCGGCAGUCCCGCUCCAAGCGAUACCAGCUUUGAAAGUCACAUUAGCAGCGGUAAUGCUUCCGGAACCGAAUACGGCAUUCGCUCUGUCCAUACAGCCAUGGAGAGCACUUCCUUGCACAGUAGCCGAACGACGUUGAAAGGAAAGACCAUAACGGCGACUAUUGAGGUGGCCAAGGGCGGUUUCCUGCGAGGCGACCAGAUACCGGUACGGAUUUCAGUCCAGCAUACGAAGCACGUGCGGAGCUUGAAGGGAAUCAUCAUCACACUCUAUCGGCAAGCCAGGGUAGAUAUGCAUCCCGCCUUACCCGUUGUUCCGAAUAGCAAAGGUGACAAGACGAAGUCGGAGGACUACUACCCCAAGUCCAGGACAGGCCUCGGUGGACUGUCUCUCUCCUCAGCAGGGUCCAGUCACCUCUUCCGGAAGGAUCUUUCCCAGUCUUUCGCACCACUGUUUGUUGAUCCGAGGACUCUGACCGCAGACAUGAAGUGCGCCGUACGGGUGCCUGAUGAAGCUUUUCCUACUAUAUCGAAUGUUCCGGGAGCUAUGAUCAGCUUCAAGUACUUUGUCGAAGUUGUUGUGGACAUACAGGGCAAGCUCUCCGGUCUGGAUCGUAUGUUCCCCAAUUCUGGGCUAGUUACUGUCCCCACGGGAUACGGAAGCGCCCCGGGCAUGGGUCGGGCAGAGGAUUCCGCGGGCAGCAUGUUCUCAACAUGGGGAGGGACGUUUGCGGAUACAGAUGCCAUACGGCGCGAGAAAGGCGUCGUCUCAUGCCUAUUCGAAGUCGUCAUUGGUACUAAGGACAGUGAAAGGAACGGCAAGCGAAGACAACCUGAAGAACCGAGUCUCGACGCCCAGCUUGGCGUCCACGAGGUCCCGCUAUCGUCCAACAACGACGUCUACGGAUCGGAACAACAUGAUCAGGGAUAUCUCGACUAUGACCAGGACGGCCAAUAUUAUGACCAAUACGGCUAUGAUAACGCAUACUAUGACGCUCCGGAUUAUCACGAUGGUAACGCUUCACAUCCUCCGUUCGUUCCACCGCCGGAACAGGAGAAUGAAGAAGGAUUAUCAGAAAAGGAACGAAUGAGAAGAGCGGAAGCGCGUUUGCUACCAUCACAGCCUCCUGGCGACGCCGGACACUCGCCACCCCUUGAAGCGCCCCAGGGCAUACCUCCUUCCGCACCGAUCUUGCCGGAAGACGACGACCCAAAUCCUACUUAUUUCGCGUCCGGCCCUUCAUCUUCAGCAUCACACCCCCCACCGCCUUUCCACACGACAGCAACAGCAUCUUUCUCGCACCCAGAAAGAGCGCGAUCAUUACAGCGACGCACGACCGACGACGACACGCGGACUACCACUACCGGCUCCUCGGCGACCAUCAAUGCAAACCCACGGCAAUCACCCGCCCACAACGGCGGCGAGCGAAGCAGAUCAAGGCCUCGUCCAGCGUUGCCUACGCAUUCGUCCGCUCCUGCGCCAGACUACUUUCCCUCCUCGUCAUCGCACGUCCAGCCCACAGACGACAAGCAAGAACUACAGAGGCGAAGGUUGGAGAUGGAGACAAGUGCGCCGCCGGGUGGCGAUGACACGGAAGACCAUCCAUCACAAGGUCCUUCUGUGCCGCCCACGUCAGCCGUGCAGAACAUGGCAUUAGCUCCUUCGGCACCCGUCUUGGACGAGGACGAUGAAGGUCUCGUUGACGCAGUACGACCAGGUACCAGUAGACAGCAGAGCGGCAGGAGAACCAGUGAGGCUUUGCCUGUGUACGAGAGGUGACAUUAGGGGCGGCCGCAUGGCGGACGACACCUUUUUCUUUGUUUGGGUGAUGGAUCGACAGGUGGCGUCGCGACUAGAGGCUGGGAUAUCAUGACA